CCCACCUCGUCUCCUUCCCAGCUCGCAUCAGCUAGCCAAGCCCAAAGACAUCAAGAGAGCUCUCGAUCUCUCGCCAUGGCCGCCGCCAAGAACGGCCGCAUUGCCCUCCUCCUCGCCGCGCUCGCCCUGUCCGCUCAGCUCGCGCCGGCCGCCGCGACGUGGUGCGGCUCCAACUGCCCGACGACGAAGCCGCCUCCGCCACCGUGCCAGCCGCCACCGCCGACGCCGACGCCCGCGACCCCAACGACGCCGCCGACUCCGUGGACUCCGCCGCCUGCAACGCCGACGCCGCCGACGCCGACUCCGUGGACUCCGACGCCUGCGACGCCGCCGCCAACGCCGGCGACGCCCGCGACUCCGACGACGCCGCCGACGCCGGCGCCGGCGCCGUCGACGCCGACGGGGAAGUGCCCGGUGGACACGCUGAAGCUGCUGGCGUGCGUGGACGCGCUGAACGGGCUGGUGCACGCGGUGGUCGGCGCCACCGCCGGCGACACCUGCUGCCCGCUGCUGUCCGGCGUCGCCGACCUCGACGCCGCGCUCUGCCUCUGCACCGCCAUCAAGGCCAAGGCGCUCGGCCUCAGCCUCGUCCUCCCCGUCGCCAUCUCCGUGCUCGUCAAUGACUGCGGCAAGUACGUGCCCUCCGACUUCCAGUGCCCAUCCACUGAUCCACCGUACAUAUAAAUCAUCUCAAAUAAUUAAUCACACACACCAUCUCUGCAUGCAUGCGUGCAUGGAUGGAUUAAUUAAUUAAUUAAGCUAUUAAUACCUGCAUGAGUAUAGUUUAUCGCCUGGCUAUACUAUAUACAUGCAUAAAUUAUAUAAAAUACAUAUAGUAACGUAUGUAGCAUAUAUACAUGAGCUCUGAUCGACUUGUGUCAUGGAGACAUGGAGGCAUGCAUAUGGAGCCUUGGAUUGUGCAUUAAUUGAUGUAUAAUAAUAUUUGUGUGACAUAUAUAUAUAUAUAUAUAUAUAUAUAUAUAUAUAUAUAUAUAUAUAUAUAUAUAUAUAUAUACAUGUGGAGUUUGUGGUAUUUGCAGGUUUGUUGUGGUUUGGGAGAUUUAUAAUGAAAUAAAGAGUGUGUGAUAUGUAUGCUAUGAAAUACAAAGUUUGAUGUGUAUGUACCAUGUAUAUGUGUAUGGUUGACAAAGCCUGUCAACUUUCCUAUAUAUAAAACGUACUUAAAAGAA